CCAAUCCCAACACAAGCUUCAGCAGCACUUCCUCUUCUUCCCAAUCUCGCACACCUCUCGGAGCUAGGCGGAGCGGCGAUGUCGGGGCGCGGCAAGGGCGCCAAGGGGUUGGGCAAGGGCGGCGCCAAGCGCCACCGGAAGGUGCUCCGCGACAACAUCCAGGGCAUCACCAAGCCGGCGAUCCGGAGGCUGGCCAGGAGGGGCGGCGUGAAGCGCAUCUCCGGCCUCAUCUACGAGGAGACCCGCGGCGUGCUCAAGAUCUUCCUCGAGAACGUCAUCCGCGACGCCGUCACCUACACAGAGCACGCCCGCCGCAAGACCGUCACCGCCAUGGACGUCGUCUACGCGCUCAAGCGCCAGGGCCGCACCCUCUACGGCUUCGGAGGCUAGAUCCGUGGGUUCCGCGGGUGGCGGUAGCGGUAGUUGGGACUGUGUCUGUCGUGUGUCCUCUGUGAUGUGUGCUGUGGGAGAUGGGAUUUGCUACCGCUUUGGCGUGCGUCGUUGUGUUCCGUGUCUUGUUUUCAUAGGCUGUAAUACCUUGUUGCGGUCAAUGAAACUAGUUCUGUUCUGAAUCCUUA